AUGUCGUCUCGCAAAAGAAAGGUUGUGGCGGACGAGGACGAAGAUCCAACCAAGAUCGAUUUCGAAACAUCAGAAGAGGUUGACGUAGUGCCAACUUUCGACCAGUUAAAGCUUCGAGAAGAGUUGCUUCGCGGCGUAUACGCUUACGGUAUGUCAGAGUGCAAAGAAGAGUCACAAAUUGAGGUGACGCCACAGUGUGGCGUGUAUUUGAUCGUUUGUUCUGCAGGCAUUUAGUAACUUUUUUGUUUUCUAGGAUUCGAGAAACCUUCUGCUAUUCAACAGCGUGCUAUUAAACCUAUCAUAAAAGGAAGGGACGUUAUUGCACAGUGAGUAUCUGCGAGAAAUUAUCUUCGGCCAAAAUGGAGAGAGCCAGAAGCUUUAAUUUUCUUUUUGUUGGUGUUACUUGAAAAUGUAUGUAGUCGGUGUUGUAUGCUUUAAAAUAUUAAUAGAUUAAAGGAAAUAAAUUAACUGCAAGCUAUUGAAUUUCAUUGUGAAUUUCAGAGCUCAGUCUGGUACAGGAAAAACAGCUACUCUCUCCAUAUGUGUGCUUCAGUCUAUUGACAUACAGGUUUGUACGAUUAGCACCAUUAUAUUUCGCAUGCUGACAGUGUAGAGCCACCAUUAUAGCAUGUGGCUAGGAAUUCAAUUGUGAUUGUUUCGCCUGCAAGUUGAUUCGCCCUAUGUGUGGUUCCAGAAAAUAUCCAUACCACCCCUAUGGAAGCGAUUUGCCGUAUGACCCCCCCCCUCCCCUCGGGAUUUUCCAAAAUUUGCCCCCAAAAUUCCCCCCCUCCCCGCCAGAAUUUCCAAAAUUUUCGCACAUCCCCCUGGAAAUAUUGCUAUCUCUAACUGAAGUGAACAAAGAAGUAGUUUUGUUCACUAGGAUGCCAAAUUUUGUGAGUUUCAUGUAUUUUCUGUUGAAUUGUAUAACAGAUAAGCAAAUUCCUUAUGCAAACUCCUUAUGCGCUCAAGUCACAGACAAAUUUUGUGAGUUUCAUGUAUUUUCUGUUGAAUUCUACAACAGAUGCGAAUUCCUUUUGCGCUCAAGUCAUGAAGAAAUUGUUGAAAAAGUUCUUGGCCACAUGCAAAUGAAAUGCAAGGUCGCGUAGGAAACAUAACUGUACUUUUCUUGCACUGCAUCAACAAGAAGGCAACACUUGAAGAAGUAUAAUUAAAGAGAUCAGGACCUUGUCGUGCGAUAAGACAUUGUGAGUAUCGAAUUUCGUUCUACCAAAUUUGCAUAUUUGACUUUGCGGUAAAAUUGCGCAUCGCGGAUUUCAUUGAUAAGAAAAUUGUCAUGCAAAGUUUAACGUGCUGGAAAAGACUUGUGUAACUUCUUUGUGAUUGAGAAACAGUCAAGUGAAGAAGAAAUGCAACCAAUUAAAAAAAAAUUUUUUUGUGUGUUGUGUUCUCGACAUGCAAGGAAAAUGAAGUUUCGUUCUGCUGGCUCGUAAACUACAAAGGUGUAAAAGUUAAAAAAUAUUAUUUUCGGGAAACUUGCUGAAAGCGAAGAUGGCUACAAAGGGGCAGAGAUUCGUAACUAUUCAUAUAAUGAUGCGUUUGUAAACAAACUUCAUAACGUAUGUGACUUGGAGAAUAACAGAUUGUUUGACACAAGUGGCUAGCUAAGAAAUGGUUUUGGGAUGGAAACUCGGUUAAAAUUUAUCUUUAGUUGCUCGAACGGUCGACAAAUUCUUUUUCGAACGGAUAGCUCGAGCCGUUCGAACGGAUAACAAUUUUUGCAAAUGGAUAUCCCAAGGCGUUUGAACGGAUGAUAAUUUUUUUCAAAUGGAUGACAAUUUUUCCCAAACAUAUAGCCCAAGCCGUUUAAACAGAUGACAAUUUUUUUUGAACGGAUACCCCAAGCCGUUCAAACAGAUACCAAAUCUGUUCGAAAACGGCAAACCGUAAGGAACGUUUUUGCGUGAGAGGUCACGCUAAGGAACUGACAAAAUAUGUUCGCUAUGUCCAUUAAUCCUUAGGUUUAGGAGCUCUUUAACUUUUGUUGUGUUUUAUAUCUUUGCAAAUAAAUUUUUGUGCUGAAUUUUUGUGUUUUUUCUUUGUUACUCUCUUACGUGUCACGAGAACCCUCUGGAAAUAUUUCCCUGUGGUGACUCCCCUGUCCCCACUGGAAAUUAGGCAAAUUGACUCCCCCCCUCCCCCCUGGAAAAUCCGAUCCCUUCCGGGGGGGGUGGUAUGGAUAUUUUCUGAAACCAAACAAUGUCGUUUUGUUUAGUGACAUAUGCACUGAACACUACCGUGAACAUAGUUAGCAAAGAUUUUAAUAUUUUAGUUCAGCUUGGAUUUUAUGGCCAUGAAUGAAAAGGUUCAGUGAUCUAAAAAAUCUAGGUAUUUAUAUUUGAGAAAGAAUAGGUAAAACUCAAGUCGACAUAAUUUGAGAUAUUCAUUGGAAAAAUCACAUGUGCAGUCACUGUUUUUUAUGCUUAUUCCUUGUCUAUAAGGCGCAUCAACUUUCGGGCGCAUCAACUUUCUUGCAAAGUGACCUGAUACCGUGGCUAGGACUCAAAUUUAAACUUAGUGGUAUUACAACUCUCUCAUGGAAGAGGUAGCAUGUAAAAGCUAGCCAGGGCAGAGAUGCCAACCUCUGCAAAUCUAAAAUCUGAAGACUCUCUUUUGCAUCCCCCCCCCGCCUUCCCGAUAACCACAAUUUGAUCCAGUCCCUAAUUUAUCACAGGGGAAUGGCUUAGGACAUUAUAUGCAGGGGUUACAUUAAGGUUUUGAACAGGAGGGCACCUGGGUUUGACAACCAGGCAAAGAAAUGGAAAGGGCCUUGCUCUCCUAGGGAGGACCGGGACAUGCUUCCCCAGAAAAUUUUGAAAUUCUACAGUUAAUUGCAAAAGAUGUGUUUUCCUGCAUUGUGAAGCUGCAGAUACUGUCUUUCAACUACCAAAAAAAGAUAACUUUUCUAGACAAUUUAAUCAUGAUGUGAUACCAAUAUCCACCACACAAAUUAGUUCAUAAUCUUAUUGACACAUUUUAGAUGGUCUUUUAUGGAGUACAGUUCUUUUUGCAAUGCAUUCUGGGGCAAUUCUUGUUUUUAGCACAUAACAAACGAGGGGAUUUCAUGCUACUUGUGAUAAAGUGGAAAUUUGAUGGUAAAGUAUGUUUUGCAUUCAAGAAGACUCAUCAAGAAAAGGCUACGAUUGUAUAAGGGAACGCGUCCAAAUAUCGGCAUCGGGUCACACCGAUGCUGAUCAAUUAAGCACCGAUUUUUUCCGAUUCCGUUGAAGGUCGGACCCGAUUUUAUCGGCACUGAAUGAAACGGAAUCGGCAAUGGGUCUCAAGUCUUUAUCAGGCCAAUUAACAAAGGUCAUCAAAAAUAUCUGGCAGCUCAAAUAACCUGUCACAAAAGCAAAAGCAAAAGCAAAAGCGUGAAUGUUGUUUUUUAUAACCUUAUCUUUCUUAUAAAUGUGUCUUGUUUGAACCGAAAUUUAACGUCACAGUUUCGAACAUUUGUUUGUAUUUCCUAUGACAGAGUAUGACCAGAAAAUAUUAAAUUUGUGUAUCAAAAUGGGCACGAGAAGAAACUGCAGGUCAUUCAACAACGCUGAAGAGCAUCUUUUGAGUGAAAGACGGCGCAAUGUACAUUGCAAGUGUACGAUCUCAAAAUGAUAAUUUUAAAAUAGCUUGAGCCUGUGCUAACCGGAACCCAAAACGCAUGAUUAUAGGAAUCUUUGGAGGAAUAAACAGUUUAGGACUGUAAACGAAAAAAAUAGAAGUCAGAACAUCCACGACCAAAAUGCAAAUGUUGUUACCAUGUUGUGUACUUUAACUGCUAAAUUGCCACAGGAGAGAAGAGGACAUCGUCUGAGAAUCAGGCUGCAACUUGUUUAUUGGUUGCAUAUGAACUCAAAAAAGUGACUGAUGGAGGCGUUCAACUGGUUUUCUCUUUCUCGAUUCUCUUUCCGCUAUUAAAUUGAGUCGAACUUACCGGAUGUAUGCACAGUUUGCUUUAGUUGAACACUCCGGUAAAAAAGGUUCUGAUUUUUGUCAAAAAGUCAGCCACCUAGAGUCAAGUGCAAAUUUUUCUAAGUGCUGAGAGUGGAAAGCAAUUUCACGUGGCACCAUGUUCAAGCUCACAGAACAUACAGCAAAGUCGCUAAGCCAUUCUCUCUUUGGUAGCUCCUGUAUGAAACUUCGUUCCGUGUCCUCCGUGACUCGCGAGUGUGGGAAUCUUUCAGUUCUUGUUGCUAAUUCCCUGGAGACAAUCUACGGCCGCAAUCUAAUUGGUCAGUUUUUUUUUUCUCAGAUCGCAUUACACCUUGCGUUUAGGAUCGUUGAAUGAAAGACGCAAAUUUUCGUAAAAGUUUAUUCCGUGGUUUUAUAUUAUCCAUGGUUUUGCUCUCGCUCCGCUCGCUAGGAAACCCGUUGAAGUCUACUUGUAACAAGUCUAUGAAUCCAGUUGUGUUUCGGAAAAGUGAGUUCCGGUUGUGUUUUUGGAUUGCAUUGUUAGAAAGUAUCGAGUAAAGAACACACUACUCAGCAAGGUGUUUUGUUUGCUAUAUAUCAACGAAGAACAGUGGUGUUUUGCUUCGUAAUAUUUAACUCCUUUUAAUUUUCAUAGAAUAAAAUUUAUUCUAUGAAAAUAAACACCAUGCUGCUCCAUAACAUUUAAUGUUAUGGAGCAGCAUGGUGUUUGUGAUCGACUGAAGGAAAUACGUCUGCAAAACGCCGAAAAUCAUGUGUAUAGGGAAGCAUCAAAUCAACAAACUCGAAACACAACAUGCAGGAACAUACAAUAAAAUUAUUGCUAUUUGUUAUGGAGUAGGAAAAAGGUACAGUCGAUUGAAAUUAUUUUGGAGUGAAACGACUCUUUCAUUAUUUGGUUCGUGACACACUUCAUUUUACAUAUAUUAGAUAAAAUAAUAUGACGAUGACACAUAUGAACAUCGGAAUGUCAACCGGCUCCGAUUGAAUCGGCAAAGUUUUUAUCGUAAUCGGAAAUGGCAACUGGUGCCUAUAGAUCGGUACCGAUUCCGUUCAAUCGGAAAAUUAAUGGGGUCCGUUUCCCAUGAUCGGGUUCCCUACCGAUAUUUGGACGCGUUCCCUAACUUACUUAAAACUUUUCUUUGAUUGUUCCUUGUAAUAAAAAAAAAGUUCUUUCAGAAGUUAAGCAGCCAGGGAAAGUCACAUUCACAGCUGGUCAAUUUUUCUGGUCCCCUGCCCUUAAUGAAACCCCUGUAUAUGAAGUCUUACAUGAGGUACAAACCAUCACAAUUUGCCUUUUUGAUUGUAAUGGUGAAAUGAUCUUUCUCAGUGAUGAAAUAUGUGUAAGUAUGCCCCAGAAACCAAAUUAUGAAUCAAAGAAAAUUCAAAUUUUGGGAGGAGAUGGGAUUAAUUCCAAAUUAAAGCUCAGAAAAGCUCAAUACUCAAUUUUAUCUUGGAGAUUUUGUGUCCCGUACGGCAGAGCGGGAGAUUGAUGUCAUAUCCAGGAGAAUUGGCAUGUAUGCCAGGGGGGAUACUCGCAUAUCAUCAAACUCAAAGAAAAGUAGCCAAAAUGCCCUAGAUUCCUCCAGGCUUCUGUCAAAAAGCUUAGAAUGCUGUACUCCUUAGGACCAUAAGUUAUUGAAGGUGAAGACUAUAAAAUUGUCUAAACUGUUUCCCCCAAACAAUGGAGGAGUUAAACUGUAAAGUGAGAGGGAUAAUCAAAUGGGGGUAAACAAUCUAAACCCAAGAAAAAUCCCUGGACCAAAAAUUAACCCCCCAAAAUUCUCAUGCCAAAAUUCUAUAAAGAAUAAAAAGUAAUGAUAUAACAUGCAGGAGACUGAAUUUUUUUGGUUGUUCAUUUGUCAUACCAUGCGUAUCUAGUAGUCUAAAACUAGCAGCUGGCAUACGCACAUUGAUUGCAAUGGGAGGCAAGGUCAUUGUCAAAUAAGACAAUAGUGGUUGAGAUAGUCCAAUACCUAGUUUCUUUUUUCAUUCAAAGUCUCCAAACAUUGUAGGGAAAACUUGUACAUGCAUUUUGAAUAAGAAUCUUUAGUUAAGGACCAUGUGAAGGUCGGGAAAAAGUAAUAGCAAUAAUGAAGUAAUGUUUUUUAUAUACUUUUUUUAUCAAAUCACUGUCAGACAAGAGAAACCCAAGCUUUGAUCUUAUCCCCAACACGUGAACUUGCUCAGCAAAUCCAGAAGGUAUGAAAAACCUCAUUAAUUUAUUCUUUUCCUUAUUCAUUUGUGUUGUAUUGUUUACUGAACUUUAUGUCAUAUCCUGAGAACUUGAGGUUUUUCACUGAAGUGCGAAGUUUCACCACUGUAAUGCUAGAGAGUUAAAGUAACCAUUAUGGUGACAUUAAUGAGAUUGUAAUUAAAAAUGAUAAUUGGUUUUAUGAGCAAAACAACAGCUCUUCAAUUUCAUUACACAGUCACUUUUUGGUACAUAUCUUUGAUGUCUGCUGCAUGAAUAUGACUUGAAACUUCAUUAUGUGACUUUUUGUGGAUGACAUGGACACACAAAGUUAUUUGAUGAUUUAAUGUGCCCUGGCAGAUGAUAGGAAAUUUGACCGAAAUGUUUGUGAAUCAGUGAAUUACCUGGAGUAGACAAGAAGGUCAUUUUCCUAUAGUUACUGGCUAAAGCACUGUUUGGUUGUGUAACUCUACAGGUAUGAUGAAUUGCAUUUAUUUUUAACCAUCUUUCGGGACAGAACUAUGGUGUUGAAAUGCAUGAUCUGACUUGAGAGUACACAGUUGAAUGAAGGAUGUAAAUCAUUAACAAGAGCAUAAUGUUCAAUACUGCUACAGUCAAACCCUGUUAAUACAGACACAGGGGCCAUAGUUAAUUAACGGGGUGUCCGUAUUAGUCAAAAAUACACCUUUUAGUUAAUCAAAAUACUACAGAAAUAAAACAGGACACAAGCAUCUUCAAACUCAAAAUCUCUAAACUUCACCAAGCUGUUAUUCCACAGACUAUGUACAUGAAAACACUCAAAAGUCUUGACAAAGUCACUCAUUAUACAUUACAUCAUCAAAAACUCUCUCUGCAUAUAUGCCUCGAUUGAUGUCAAAAUAGUCUAAAAUUGUCGUCCACAAUUCAUCCUACAUGUAUCUGGUGUACUAUAUCGCUGGGAAUAUCGACAUUAUGUCAACUGAAGGUUUUUUUCAACCUUCAAAAAAGAAAGGCUUAUUACAGCACACAGUGGACAAUAAGGUGUCUGUGUUAGCAAGGUUGACUUUUUAUGAGAAUCUGUUUAUUGGGCAAGAAAGUAGUUUCUGUUGUCUACAAUAAUGGGUGUCCCUAUUAAGUGGGUUGAAUUUUGAAAAAAAUGUAAGGGCUUUCCCCGGGGACAGAGAAAACUGUCUGUAAUAAUGAGGGGUCUGUAUUAAGUGGGUGGCCGUAAAGUGGGGUUCGACUUUACCUCAUAGCUUCUGCACCUGUAUCUAUCUGUUAGAGGUCAAAAUUAACUUCAGGUAAAAAUUUUUUAACCUAGGUUGAUUCUCAGUUUCCUUUGUCUCCUAGCCCUGAUUCAUGAAAAAUGAUAGGGCUAGGAAACAAAAGAAAUAGAGACUCAACUUAGGUUAAAAAAUUUUAACAUCAAUUUAAUUCUGACCUGUAACAUAUCCAUGGGUAUAAUAUUAUAGGCUACACCCUGUAACUAAAGAUCUGAAUUUGUGUAGGUAAUUCUUGCCCUUGGUGAUUACAUGAGUGUCCAAUGUCAUGCGUGUAUUGGAGGAACAAAUGUUGGAGAGGACAUCAGAAAACUCGAUUAUGGACAACAUGUUGUGUCUGGAACUCCUGGCAGAGUUUUUGGUAAGAUUUCUACUCUUUGCUCCCCUGCUAGCAGUGAUUUCUCCAGGCCGGUUGCUAUGCUAUAUGAAGGGAGAGAAACCACUGUUUGCGACCAUUUGCUUCUUUGAUCAACAAGCUGCCGUCCCACGCCAUGGAAGAAUAUGUUAACAAUCUUGUGUGAUCAUUUGUGCUCUGUCCAGGGCUCAAAGUUAGUGACUAACUGGUCGCAUAUGCAACUGGAUUUUUGGUUGUGCGCCUAAAAAUUCAUGUAUAAUCGCACCUGUGCGCCGUAAAACCCAAAGCACAGUGCGACUGACUUACUUCCGACUAUACUUACAAACUCGAACUAGCUGUUUUGUAAUAAACACCGCUGACACAUGCAAAUAUAUUGUACGAAUGAAACACGUACUUUUUGCGCAAUGGACGAUCAUGUCGAACCUUCAGUUUUAACGUCAAUCAAAACAUAAACAGUCCGGAAUAAGGGCCUUUUUUUCCAGGUAAGAAAGUUUUUUAAGUCGUAUUCCAGUUACGUGUAAGUCAUUGCGCAUUAAACAAAUUCAUUAAAGAUUAAUGUUCAUUCUCGUUCGACACACUCAUUGUUGUCAGUUUUGAAUUGUUUUUCAAGUGUAAGUUUUCUUUAGUCACAACUGUACUGUCAAAGAGAGAAAUUAGUAUUAAAAAUCACAAUGGUAUUACUGCGUAGCAAAUUGGCUGUCUUUUAUCGAUCACAGGACUGAAGUAAAAGUAACAAACUGAAGAUGACAAAUAAACGUGGCACUGUUAAGCUUUUUACUUUUUCUUUUGAAAUAGAUGCUCCCAACAUUAUAAGCUGUGCUCCUAAAAUUUUCAGCUGUGNAUUAAUGUUCAUUCUCGUUCGACACACUCAUUGUUGUCAGUUUUGAAUUGUUUUUCAAGUGUAAGUUUUCUUUAGUCACAACUGUACUGUCAAAGAGAGAAAUUAGUAUUAAAAAUCACAAUGGUAUUACUGCGUAGCAAAUUGGCUGUCUUUUAUCGAUCACAGGACUGAAGUAAAAGUAACAAACUGAAGAUGACAAAUAAACGUGGCACUGUUAAGCUUUUUACUUUUUCUUUUGAAAUAGAUGCUCCCAACAUUAUAAGCUGUGCUCCUAAAAUUUUCAGCUGUGCGCCUAAAAUUUCGGCAGUGCACCUAAAAAUUUACAUCUGGUAGCACAAGUGCUCCCAAACUCAAAUUUAAACUUUGAGCCCUGCUGUCCACUAAUUUUUAAGAAGAAUAAACAUUAAGAAGGGAAGUUUGGUUUUAAGGAUUAACCUUUGUCUAUUUGCUUCGUACAGAUAUGAUCAGAAGACGGAACUUGAGAACUCGGUCAAUCAAAUUACUGGUGUUAGACGAAGCAGAUGAGAUGUUAAAUAAAGGUAAAAAUUUCAAUUUGUGAAGCAGGUACAAAUCUGAUCCUUGCUAAUCUGUUAAAUUGUACUUUUAUUUUGUCAUUUCAGGUUUUAAGGAGCAGAUUUAUGAUGUUUACAGAUAUCUUCCUCCAGCAACACAGGCAAGUUUUUUUUCUGAAAAAAAGCAAGAUAAACUUUCCUUGUGCCAGUGCUAUUGCUCAGAUUUUCUUAUUUUGUAAUAGUUCUUAACCCUUUAUUUUAUUGAGUUCAAUAAUAUUUUGAUUAUGUACAUGUAGGUUGUUCUUUUAAGUGCGACCCUUCCACAUGAUAUCUUGGAAAUGACACAGAAGUUCAUGACAGAUCCCAUCAGGAUUCUUGUGAAACGGUACUAGUCAAGUUUUUUUUUCUCUCACCUCUUUUCACAGGGCACCUGUGUAAAAUAGACUCUAUUGUACUGAGGCAAAAUUAAUAUUAUUUUAGUCAUAACUUUGUUACUCAUGUAAUGUGAAACUGUGAUAGGUUUGAACCCAGGAGUCAUUUCAUAAGUAGGUUGAGUAAUGUGAUUGACCACGGUAAAUGCCCUUGAAUUCAAAGCAAAGUUUCAACUCUCCAUAUCUUCACUUACACAACAAGGCAACUUCAUGUUAUAAUGUUGUAUUUGUUUUUGUUAGUGAUGAAUUGACGCUGGAAGGUAUCAAGCAGUUUUUUGUGGCUGUUGAGCGAGAAGAAUGGAAAUUUGACACCCUUUGUGAUUUAUAUGACACCCUGACAAUUACACAGGCUGUGAUAUUCUGCAAUACCAAGAGAAAGGUUGGUUACUGUACAUUAAAAAAUAUGUUAAAUUGAACAAGACCAAACCAUAGUGAAACUAACAUUAUUUAGAGAGGCGGCACUUGACAUUUCCGAGAACUGUUUAAACUGUAGCUCUCUAAUUGUUGGCAUGUGGGAGAUACUAUCCAGAUUGAAUAACCAUAGUAGUAUCCGGAGAAAAACCUCUUGGAGCAGAGAAGAAAACCAGCCAUAAAUUCAACGUGCACAUGUCCUCGUUAAUUCUUGUUUUCGAACCCUGGUGACACUGGUAGGAGUCGAGUGAACUCAUCACUGCGCCAUCCCUGCUUUAUAAGCAGCACUAGUGGACGGAAGAGUAAUAAGAAACACCUAUUCCUGUGGCAUAAAAGUGGGAAACUUAAGAGUAUUAGUGAUGAGAGAAGAUGUAUGUGUUAAAGCAUACCAAGAUGAUGAGGAGGUAGUGAAUAGGGAUUUUUUUCUUUGUUUAAAACAUUGACAUUGUGUCACAGCAAAAGCCUUCCGGUGAUAUUAUAUUACAGGCACAAAUCUCUACAGAUAAUGGUUUUUACUUUUUUUAGGUUGACUGGCUUACAGAGAAGAUGAGAGAAGCAAAUUUCACAGUGUCCUCUAUGCAUGGUGACAUGCCGCAGAAAGAAAGAGAUGCUAUUAUGAAAGAGUUCCGAUCUGGACAGAGGUAAGCUUUUUGGUACCUAUUAGUCUGGUUUUGCUUGCCUUGGUGCACAGUAAACACUAUAAUAGUAAUUAUUAUCUAGUUACCGUUAUGCAAGUGGGGUGACCAGUGAUCAUUUAAACUGCUCUUUUUUCUCUGCAGUCGGGUGCUGAUAUCAACAGAUGUGUGGGCCAGAGGUAUCGACGUUCAACAGGUUUCUCUGGUUAUCAACUACGACUUGCCUAACAACCGUGAGUUGUACAUUCACAGGUGUGUUUAAACUUAAUUAAGGCAGAUGAUGCUGUGGUUUUUGGCUCCAGAUAUGUAGAUGAAAGUAUGUUUUACAGACAUAGAUGACCCAAUUUGGUGUCUGUUUGGCUGUGCAAACAAAGUAAAAAUUAAGGUUUCUACUGCCUUCAUGAAAUAAUACUAAUUCUAAAAAAUACUAUAAUUAAUGUAAGAAGAGAUGGAGAUAACAUUACAAUUACUAACGACUACUUGUUAAGAGAAAAUAGAUUCCCUCAUUUCUCCCAAGGGAAUAUAUUUUCUCCCAAUGUGGGUCAUUAUAAUUGGUGAUGCCCUCUCAAAUUCAGCUUUGCACAUUCUUGUGUUAUACUCAAAGUUUUGUACACAAUCAUGUCAUGUGUUGCAGAAAGAUGUUAUAAAAUAUAUAUAAAAAAAUCAAUUUAAGCAAAAAGACUUUGAUACAUCAUGAUUUUACAUUUUUUUCAAAUUCAACUGUCGGAGAAAGAAGCAAAAUAGUUGAGUUGUAACUGCAAAACAUUUUUCCAAAUAUUGUUUUUUUGAUUAUUAUGUGCUCAGCAAAAGAUGGUGAUAUCACAACAGUUUAAGAAUCCUCACACAAACACACCUUGAUAUCUCAGCCAGUCAGAGUGUGUGGAGUUAUUUUAUAAAAAGCUGCAUCCCACAAACUCCCUUAACCUUGUUGUACAAGUCAGUAGAAUAGAACUUGUCAUCUUUAAUCCAGUUUUGGUUGACCAAUAUCUGAAAUGUCUAUUUUAGGAUUGGCCGAUCUGGUCGAUUUGGUCGCAAAGGUGUUGCCAUCAACUUUGUAAAGUCAGACGACAUCAGAAUCUUGCGUGAUAUUGAACAGUAUUACAGUACACAGAUUGAUGAAAUGCCAAUGAAUGGU